AUGAACUAUCAGCGCGCUGCCAUAAGGCUCUGCCAGAUGAUGGCGAGCCAACCAUGCCUUCAAGUAUCGAGGUUUUCGAGCAGUGCGACGCUUAGCCGCCCUGUUGCGUCUGUACCAAUGCCUUACAUCACUGAGGUCACGGAGCGAAUAAUUUGCCUCAACGGUCCUGUCGACGAUACGGUUUCGGCUGCCAUCGUAGCGCAGUUGCUAUGGCUCGAGUCAGACGCGCCCGAGAAACCUAUCACAAUGUACAUAAACUCCCCUGGUGGUGAACGGAUUCGCGGCCAAGUAAAUGAGAUUGUUAGGAGUCAUCUGAACAAAGCCUUUGGGCACGAGAAAUACGACCUGCAAAGUAUCAACGAUAUGAUGGAGCGGGACAACUAUUUGACCGCAGAGGAGUCCAAAGAGCAUGGAAUUGUGGACGAAAUAUUGGUUAAAAGGCCCUGA